CAGACGACACUUUCCACAGCAGGGAUAAACUCCUGCUUUCCUUCUGCACUUUUCAUAGUUCAAUGUUUAUAUACGUCGCCCGAACUGGUGUGGGCGGGGUCCUGACUGCUGUUUUUCUUAGGUAGCCUGUUAAAAUGCCCGAACUCAAAACACUUCUUUUUCCAAGAUGGCGUCGAUGAAGGACAGCGACACCGGCCUGUGGCUUCACAACAAACUAGGUUCCACGGACGAGCUGUGGACGCCUCCGAGCAUCGCCUCCCUUCUCACCGUGUCAGUAAUCGACAAUAUACGGUUAUGUUUUUCGAGCCUGUCGCCGCCGGUGAAGCUCAAACUGCUGCUCGGGAUGCUGCAUCUUCCCAGGCGGACCGUUGACGAGAUGAAGGAGGCUCUGUCUGAGAUAAUCCAGCUGGCCACGGUGGAUUCAGAGCCCUGGGUGCUGAUGGUGGCCGAUAUCCUCAAGUCCUUCCCGGAGACCGGCUCUCUCAACCUGGACUUGGAGGAGCAGAAUCCGAAUGUGCAGGACAUCCUGGGUGAACUCAGGGAGAAAGUGGGCGAGUGCGAGGCGUCCGCCAUGCUCCCUCUGGAAUGCCAGUACCUGAACAAGAACGCACUGACCACUCUAGUCGGACCGCUCACUCCCCCCGUCAAACAUUUCCAGCUCAAGAGGAAGCCAAAGAGCGCAACGCUGAGAGCGGAACUGCUUCAGAAAUCGACAGAAACGGCGCAGCAGCUGAAGAAGACAGCCGGAGUGCCUUUUCACGCCAAAGGGAGAGGAUUGGUCAAAAAGAUUGAUACGACAACUCCUCUCAAAGGAAUUCCCAAGGCCCCGUUCCGCAGCCCCACUGCUCCCAGUUUGUUCAGCCCUCCCAGUAACCGCACACCCAUCACCUCCCCACGGACUCCUCUACGGAAGGAGAGAGGGGUCAAGCUUUUAGAUAUUUCAGAGUUGGACAUGGUUGGAGCUGGAAGAGAGGCGAAGAGGAGAAGAAAGACUUUAGAACCAGAAGCCGGAGAAAAAGCAGCCAAAGAAGAGGCGGUGGUGGAGAACACCACUCCAGAUUACGCUGCUGGCCUCGUCUCUGCUCAGAAACUUGGGGCGCUAAACGAGAAUCCCCUGCCCUCCACCAGCUACCUGCCGGCCACCCCCAGCAUGGUUCCCUCCUCCUCUUACAUUCCCAGCUCCGAGGCGCAGCCAGCCAACGCCGGUGGUUCUGGACGGGACAUGCUGCAGGCAGCUCGCCAGCCAGAGGAGUCCACCGCAGCAGCGGCCGGCGCCGGCUCCACCUUACCCAACCAGUACAAGCAGCGGACGCCCAUGUACAACGCCGGCUCCACGGCCAACCCCGCCACUCCCACGUCCCCCAGCACGCCCACCUCCACGCCGGCCAACAACGGGCCGCCGGCGGCCGCAACCGCCAGCCAGCCGGAGACUCCCACCCAGCCCCCCACCACCCCUCAGACCCCCACACCGACACCAGCACCUACGCCAGCACAACCCCAACCCAAAAAGAACCUCUCACUCACGAGAGACCAGAUGUACGCGGCUCAGGAGAUGUUCAAGACCGCAAACAAGGUCACCAGGCCAGAGAAGGCUCUCAUUCUGGGGUUCAUGGCUGGAUCCAGAGAGAACCCGUGUCCGGAGCAGGGGGACAUCAUCCAGAUCAAGCUGAGCGAGCACACGGAGGUUCUGCCCAAAGCCGACGGCACCGGCAGCACGACCAUGCUGGUCGACACGGUCUUCGAAAUGAACUAUUCGACAGGACAGUGGACCCGCCUGAAGAAAUACAAACCCAUCACCAACACUUCCUGAAGGGACCCAACACACACAAAAACCCACGCCCCAAAUUUCUCACUCUCUCACACACAUACACACACUUCACCAAAAAAAGAAAAAGAAAAAAAAGAGACAUUUAUGUACACAAACAUUUGGGCCAAAUCGAGCUCGGACAGGUUGUCAAGGAGAGAAAGAAUCCUCCCUUUUACCAAAAUGGAGAGCUUCCUUUUUUUUCUUCCCCCACUCUCUCCCUUCUCUCUUUUAUUGUUCGUUUUUAAGUCCGCUCCAGUUGUUGGACGAUGCGGGUUCAGCGUGGGCGACGUUACGGCUGGCACCUUUGAGCGCCGAGGCAAAAGCUGUCUGUAUUCUGUAUAAAAAAAAAAAAUAAAAAAAUAAAAAAAAUCAUUUUCAGCUUCGGCCCUUCAAGAUUGAAUGUUGUUCACUAAAUCGAGACGUCGUUCUCACUGCAGGCGACGCAAAAAAGAAAAGAAAAAAAACAAAACAAACACAAACAAACCACAGGCGGGUAAUGCCUCUCUGUACCGUCAAGUUGUUAGGAGCCUCCUGGUUGGUGUAGAUUAUUUUUCAGCCUUUUUCAGAGGAAGGGAAGAAAAUAAAGAUACAACAGACUCCAUGUUGACCAUCUUUCGUCAUUACUUUUCCUUCGAUUCAGUUUUAUUUGUUUGACCUGGUUCUCACCUGAAUCAUGCCGGCGGCUCUCCGCAGUGUUAAAACGUAAACUGACAUUUCAUCGUUUUAAAGUUUUUACACGUAAUGUGACAUCUAUCCUGUACAAGUCAAUUAGAAAACAAGAGUGAAAUAAUAAUAAAAAACCAAAAAACCUUAAUCCGUUGUUGCAUUAAUAGGCACAACUUUAAAACUGA